GUCCUGCUUGCUGUAGGCAACAGAAUGAGCGCAGUUGCGUUCCUCUCAGUUUGAGAGCCAAUUGCUGUUGGCUUCUUUUUUUAUAUAUAUAUACAUAUAUAUAUUUGAAGUUUUUCCUUCAGUUCAGCUGCUAGACAACAGCAGGAGUCUCCCUUUCCUCACAGGGCUUACAACUUUUCUCCAACUCCUGUGGCAUUAUUGCUCUGGUGCCUGAAAAGUGUCAUGCCGGUGGUCGGCGUGGCCUCCAAGCUGAGGCAGCCCUCCACGGUGGGCACCAGGCCGGUGCACACGGCCCUCCCCAUCCCCAGCGCGGUCAGGGCGGCCGCCUCGCAGGGCUACACGGCCCGGCAGCAGGAGCUAAAGGCGCAAGAGGGCUGUCAGCUGUCAAUCAAAGCCGGGUACCAGCGGGAGAGGACACCCGAGGAGAAAGCCAGGGCUGACACGGAGGAAAGCAAGAUCUGCAAGAUUUACACAGACUGGGCCAACCACUACCUGGCCAAGUCUGGAUGCCCGCGCCUCAUCAAGGACCUGAGCCAGGACGUCACGGAUGGAGUCCUGCUGGCACAGAUCAUCCAGAUCAUAGCUAACGAAAAGGUGGACGAUAUCAAUGGUAGCCCCAGGAGCCAGUCGCAAAUGAUCGGAAAUGUGGACGCCUGCCUCAGUUUUCUGGAUGCUAGAGGAGUGAAUGUACAAGGGCUUUCAGCAGAAGAGAUAAGAAAUGGCAACCUGAAGAGUAUCCUGGGCCUUUUCUUCAUCCUCUCCCGCUUCAAGCAACAGCAGCAGCAACAGCAGCAGUACUACCAGUCCCUGGUGGAGCUCAGCCAGCAGACCAGCAGCGCCACCCCAUCCGCCGGCAAGACGCAAGAGAUGCAGUCCAGUCUCACAGCUAGAUAUGCAAGUCCUCCGGGCCACAGUGGACUAGGGUCACCACAGAAGAAAAACACAAGGUUACCAGGGCCCUCCAGAGUUCCUGCUGCAGGCAGCGGGGCCUCCAGGAGUCCGGGUUCAUCCAACCUCAACCGCCGCAGCCAGAGCUUCAACAGCAUCGACAAAAACAAGCCUCUUCAGUACGCCAGUGGCAACGAUCGAGAAGCGGUAAGGGCUAUCCAGAUACCUGGCGGCAUGAACGGAAGUGGCAACGGUGGAACAGUCCCCACAAGCGUCAGUGGGCAGCAGCUGGCCUCUGCCAUUCCCUCACCCACUGUGGGCAAGUCCUGGCGCAGCAAGUCCAUGAACCUAAAGCACAGCGCCACCUCGUCCAUGCUGGCCAGUCCCACGCACCCCAGCGCCCCUUCUCCUCAGGCCUGUGAAGGUCUCCAGCCGCCGGGCGGCGAUGGGUUAAAAGUGGGGUCAGCUGUCGGUGGCGGGUCCCAGAGGUCAAUGCUGGAGAAGUUCCGGCUGAUUAACCCUAGAUCAGCUUCCCGAGGAUCACCAUCUGUAGCAGAGAUGGCGCUGCAAGAGGAGGACGACCUGUCGGAGUAUAGUGAGGAUGGAUCAACAUCCAUGGGUCCGGUGUGCCGCAGCAGCAGCGCUACAGCAAAGCCAAUGGCUGCUAAGAACCACCCAUCAUCCCUGACUGCACCCACUAAGACUUCCCCUUCAUUUUCAAAAUCUUCUUCCAAUGGUCGAUCCAUGGGCCAGUCCAAAGACAAGGAGGACAAAAGUAAGUCUGGGAAGUCUUUUAAGGACAGCUCACCGCCGAAAGAGGAGUCCUUCGCCGAAUCCACAAAGAAGACCUCCAAAAUUGCCAGCCUCAUCCCCAAGGGAGGCAAGCCGUCAUCAGGGAAGAAAGACGGCAACGCCCCUGCAGCGUCGACUGGCAUCCCAAAGCCAGGACUCAAAGUCCCCUCGGCAUCAACAGCAAAGCCUCAGAGCCAGGCCCAGACCCAAAGUCAGGCUGCCCUGAACAGCAGCGGCAACAUGCGGGGCGGAGAGGGGGAGAGGGGCAAACUGACGAAAGGCGGGCAGGGUGGGAGCUUCUACAUCCAGCGCACCAUCACGGGCCCAGAGGGCAAACGGACCAGCAUGACCUCUUCCACCAGCACCUCAGCCCUCUCUGGAUCCGGCGGUAUGCUGGGAGGAGUAGGAGGAGGAGCACUCGGAGGGAAUGGAGUAGUCCAGCUUCCUCAGCAGCAGCAGCACAACCACCCCAACACGGCCACUGUGGCUCCCUUCAUGUACAGGACAUUCUCAGAAAAUGACUGCACCAUGGUGGCCCCGGCUGACCCCUGCCUCAGCCCCACCAAGGGAGAGUUAGUCUACAGCAAGACAGCCAAACAGUGCCUUGAGGAGAUAUCAGGGGAGGACCCUGAGACGAGACGCAUGAGGACAGUGAAGAACAUUGCUGACCUGCGGCAAAACCUGGAGGAAACCAUGUCCAGUCUUCGAGGCACACAGAUCAGUCACAGUACGCUGGAAACGACUUUCGACACAACGGUAACCACCGAGGUCAACGGGCGGAGCAUGCCAGGCCUCGCUGCACGCUCCUCCCCCAUGGCCUGGCGCCUGGGCCCGACCCAGACUCCGCGUCUACAGGCGGGCGAUGCCCCGUCGCUGCCCGGCGGCUACGGGGCCCCUAGAGCGAGCUCCACAAGCACCGGCACCAGCACGGGGCGCUACAGUGGGCACACCGACCCCUCUAGGUACCUUACAGACGGGGGUCUCCAUUUGUAUGCACGGAACGCCGGCCGGGCCUCAGACGCGGCUUCUCCGCGGGAAACAUCCCAGAGAGGAGGCAAAGAGAUGCAGGGUGACGUAGACAGUUGGGACGACAGCAGCUCCGUAAGCAGCGGCCUGAGCGACACAUUGGACAACAUCAGUACUGAUGAUCUAAACACGCCUGCUUACUCCACUGUCAGCUCCUCACGGAAAAGCAAGGGGGUCCAGUCCCAGAGAGGAAGCAGAUCCAAGCAUGCAGAGCAAGAGGUGAGCAGCAGCUGGGCCGGAGCUGAGGACCUAAAGAAGGUAGAGGAGGAGCUGGACGCAAGCAUGGACCACAGUAGCGGAUCUUCUCGAUGGAAGCCAUCAUCGUCAUCCUCUUCGUCUCAAGCUCAGGGCCAGUAUGAGGAUUCUGGUCAGAAGGCCGCUGCUCUGGCCCAGAUGUCCCAGACAGGCUCAUGGAGGAGGGGCAUGACAGCCCAGGUGGGCAUUACACCGCCCAGGACCAAGGGUUCAUCAUCUGCUGCCCUCAAAACACCAGGUAAAACCGAUGAUGCUAAGGCCUCAGAGAAAGGCAAAACACCUUCUAAGAGUUCAGCUGGCAUCCAGCGCUCACCCUCAGAUGCUGGGAAGAGUAGUGGAGAUGAAGGCAAGAAACCCCCCUCUGGGAUUGCCCGCCCCCCCACCACAGGCUCAUUUGGAUACAAAAAGAUCCCUGGUCCCACCGGCACCCUCAUCACCUCUAGUGGUGCGACGCUCUCGAGCGGCUCCGCCACCCUCGGCAAAGUGCCCAAAUCCUCAGCAGCCCUCAAUAAAGGCACUGGCAUCAGUGGCGUGCGGAAGACGAGCCUGGACGGCUCGCAGCCCCAAGACGACGGCGUUCUGCUCGGCUGCGGAGCUUCCAAAGUGCCGCUGCAGUAUCGCUCGCUGCCCAGACCGGCCAAAUCCUCCAGCGGGGCGGCAGCGGGGCGCAGCGGGCACCGCUCCAGCUCCAGCAGCAUUGACUCGAACGUCAGCGGGAAGUCAGCGUGUGGGGCUGCCACGCAAGCGGGCACCAAACGCCGAGAGGGAAAGGUGGGUUCGGACCGCUCCAGCCCAAUAACCGUACAUCAGGCAGACAAGGAGAAAGUGGCGGGCUCGGACCAGGACACCACAGCAGGACUGUCUACCUCCCCGAAGUCUAGCCCCACCUCCACUUCAGCCGGCCAGUCAGGCCUCAGGCAACCAGGCUCCAAGUACCCCGACAUCGCCUCGCCUACACUACGCAGAUUGUUUGGCACCAAAGCCAGCAGCAAGGCCAGCUCCCCGGGCACGCCCGACUCUGGCAAGUGCCCCUCAAUUCUGGGCAGCCCCCAUGGCACGCUGGCAAGGCAGGCCAGUCUGGACUCACCCUCCUCUGGCACAGGGAGCCUGGGUAGCGCCGGCGGCAUGAGCGGCGGCAGCAGUCCGCUCUACGGCAAAACCCCGGACUUGUGCGCCGACUCCCCGGCCUCCAGCCCGGCCUCUUGCCUCUCCUUGCCCUCCAACUCCCGGCCCUGGCCCGCCUGCAGCUCAUCAGCUGGCAGCAAAGACACACUGAGCUGCCAAAGCAUGACCAGUCUGCACACCAGCUCUGAGUCCAUUGAUCUGCCGCUGGGCCACCACGGGCCUAAGGUUACGCGAACCGGCAGUGUCAAGUCCACCCUGUCUGAAGGCAUGCCUCUUGACAGAAACACGCUUCCCAAAAAGGGACUGAGGUACCCUCCGUCAUCCCGUCAGACAUCACAUGAAGACGGAAAAGAGUGGUUGAGGUCCCAUUCGACAGGGGGGCUUCAGGACACAGGCAACCAGUCCCCGCUUUCCCCUCCAGGCACUUCUUGCACAACUGCUGGGAAAUACCACUACUCUAACCUGUUGAGCCCCACCAACAUCAGCCAGUAUAACCUCCCGCCGAGCAGCAACAGCAGCAUGAGCCGCUCCAACAGCAUACCCGCCCAGGAUUCCUUUGACCUGUACGGAGAGGGUCACCCACUGGGCGGCAGCGCCACCUCCCUGGAAGACCGACCCCGGGCCAUUAGCCGCUCCGGUUCCUUCAGGGACAGCACAGACGAAGUUCACGGAUCUUCUUUGUCUCUGGUCUCAAGUACAUCCUCGCUGUACUCUGCAACGGAGGAGAAAGCACACUCCGAGGGUCAAACUGUGCAAAAUUCUACGCAAAUCCGGAAGCUGCGUCGCGAGCUGGACGCCUCUCAGGAGAAGGUGGCGACACUCACGUCGCAACUGGCUGCCAACGCUCACCUGGUGGCAGCCUUCGAGAAGAGCCUGAGUAACAUGACAUGUCGCUUGCAGAGUCUCACCAUGACAGCUGAACAAAAGGAGUCUGAGUUGGCUGAGCUAAGGGAGACGAUAGAGACACUGAAGACACAGAACACCGAUGCCCAGACGGCGAUCCAGGUGGCUCUCAAUGGCCCCGACCACCUCCACAAAGACCUGCGCAUUAGACGCCAGCACUCGUCAGAAAGUAUGUCCAGCAUAAACAGCGCGGCCAGUCACUCCAGCAUGGGCAGUUUAGGAAAGGACACUGAAGACAAAAAGAAGAAGAAGAAGAGCUGGGUGGCGGAUUCCAUCCCGGCACAGUUGCGCAGCUCCUUCAAGCAGGCGUUCAGCAAGAAGAAAACCAAAUCCCAGUCGGCCCAUGACGAGAUAGAGGAGAUGAGCGACUCGCUGCCUUCCUCGCCCAAACUGCAGCACGACAAUCGUCAAGGCAGCAUCGCCACCCUGCGCUCGUCACCCUCCACCACAGAGCUGUGCGAGUGCACCGAGGCUGAGGCCGAAAUCAUCCUACAGCUGAAGAAUGAGCUGAGGGAGAAAGAGCUCAAGUUGACGGACAUCCGCUUGGAGGCGCUCAGCUCUGCCCACCACCUGGACCAGAUCAGAGAAGCCAUGAACCGCAUGCAGAACGAGAUCGAGACACUCAAAGCGGAGAACGAUCGCCUCAAGUCCAGCGGCAAUGCCACGCCGACAGCCACGCCCGUCAAAACAGCCCGUCCGCCCUCUGAGACCUCCAGCACCUCCUCGUCCUCCUCGCGCCAGUCCCUGGGGCUGUCGCUUAAUAACCUCAACAUCACAGACACCAUCAUGUCAGAUAUUCUGCUUGAUGACAGCUUUGAGGGCAAUCUGCGCAAAGAGGGCCGUAGUGUGCGAAUCGUGGUGACUAUCAGCAGCGGGAUGAAAAACACCAAGGCGACCCAGUGCCAGUACUUGAUUGGAUCUAUAGGUGUGAGUGGGAAAACCAAGUGGGACGUCCUGGAUGGAGUAAUCCGACGGCUUUUCAAGGAGUAUGUGUUCCGGGUGGACCCACUCAGCAGCCUGGGCCUUAGCUCAGACAGUAUCGUCUGCUACAGGAUGGGCGAGGUGAUUCGCUCCCACACUUCUGAAGUGCCUGAGCUGCUGCCCUGCGGCUACUUGGUGGGCGACAGCAACGUCAUCAAGGUCAACCUCAAAGGCGUGAAGGAGAACAGCAUUGACAGCCUGGUGUUUGACACACUCAUCCCAAAGCCCAUCAUCCAGCGGUACCUCAACCUGUUGAUGGAGCACCGCCGCAUCAUUCUCUCAGGACCCAGCGGCACCGGCAAAUCCUUCCUGGCUGCCAAACUGGCCGAGUACAUCAUUUCCCAGAUGGGGCAGGAGGUGACGGAGCACAAUGUAGCCAGUUUCAACGUGGACCAGAACUCCAGCAAGGACCUACGUCAGUACCUCUCCAGCCUGGCAAAACAGUGUAACUCUGCGGAGACGGUCACAGAGCUCCCCACUGUGGUCAUCUUGGACAACCUCCACCACAUCGGCUCCCUCAGUGACAUCUUUAACGGUUUCCUCAACUGCAAGUACCACAAAUGCCCAUAUGUUAUUGGGACCAUGAACCAGGGUGUCUCCUCUUCUCCAAAUCUUGAGCUACACCACAACUUCAGGUGGGUGCUGUGCACCAACCACACUGAGCCAGUCAAAGGUUUCCUGGGCCGGUUCCUGCGGCGGAAGCUGAUAGAGACAGAAAUCGACAAGAACAUGCGCAGCAACGACCUGAUUAAGAUCAUCGACUGGAUCCCCAAGACCUGGCAUCACCUCAAUGGCUUCCUGGAGGCCCACAGCUCCUCGGAUGUCACUAUAGGUCCCCGUCUCCUCUUAUCCUGUCCAAUGGAUGUAGAAGGCUCUCGGGUUUGGUUCACUGACCUGUGGAACUACUCCUUGGUACCUUACCUGUUGGAGGCUGUUAGGGAAGGGCUUCAGCUUUAUGGAAAACGAGCAGCAUGGGAGGAUCCAUCCAAGUGGGUGAACGACACAUACCCAUGGAAUGCCACCUCUCUGCAGCAGGAAGGCCAGUCGCUACUCCAGCUGAGGCCGGAGGACGUUGGGUACGAUGGCUACAGCUCGACAAAGGAGGGGGCCGCAUCCAAACAGGUGUCUCAGAGUGACACUGAAGGAGACCCACUGAUGAACAUGCUGCUACGGCUGCAGGAGGCAGCCAACUAUUCGAGCACGCAGAGCUGUGACAGCGACAGCACCAGUCACCAUGACGACCAACUCGACUCCUCGUUGGAGUCGGCUCUAUGAGACCGGGAGCUGCGCCGAGAGUCACCGAACCCCUCAGAACCCUUUGAACGUUCAUCACUACCACACACACCCAACCCUAUGUAGUGCAUGUGACAAGUUUUAUUACUCAAAAUGGCAAAACCCCUCUAUUUGAAACCAAACACCUAUUUUUAAAAUGAGGAUGGUGCAAUAUCAAAUGAAAUUAUUUUAUGUUUUAAACAGUGGCUGCCAACUUGAACAAAUGAUAAAACAAUUAGACUGGUUGGAAUAUUCAUGGUUUACUUAAGUGAAAGUCCAACUUUGCUGCAGGAUGUGCCGGAUAAGUCACCACUUUUGCUCGGUCAUCAUGAGCCACAGUGAUUCAGUUAAAGAAACUUGGUGCAUGGGGAUUUGAAAGAAAACUGGAUUUUUUUUUUACCCCAGUUCUAUCUUCAGAAGUUUACAAUGGGGGGAAGGGCAGUUUUGUUUAUGUGUUUUGUUGUUUACAGAGGUGCUUCUCAUACACACAUGGACACACACACACAUAUAAAUGCACUUAGACACGGCAGCAGGAGACCUUCUAAUUGGAGGCUUUAACAAGUUCAGGUCCUCAGGUGCCCAACACUCCAGCCUGCCAAAGUGUCCUUAAACAAGACACUGCAUCUUUACCACCUCUAGGGUACCUGACCACUUUUACUGAAGGAGGCAGAAGCCUGUAGUGUUUUGGGGUGAUGUAAUGCCCUCUGGUGGCCGUGUUGGAGGUUGCCAGCCCAUGGAAAACUGCUGACGGAUUAUUCACUUACAAAAUGUGCUCGACCAAACUGACACCUCACUGUUAUGGUCUGGAGUUUAAAGAGCACUUUUUUGUCUAGCUGUUUACCACUAUAUCAACCUAUUGAGUGUAUUUAUUUUAUUGAAGCAUAACAGUUCUGCAUCUCCGUCACGGCACCGGAUGCGGUUGAUUCGAAACCUCCACAGCUCAACUGGAAUCACAAGCUUUGCAUUACUGUAACACACUUGAUGCACGGCCCUCUUGGUGCUGGUCUCCUGCUCUGAGCCUUCCUCAGUGUCAGGCACUGCCAAGCAGCUCCUCGCUGCCCCGUUGGCCCAAGGAUAGUGCAUUGUCUGUGUGUCAUGCAGCCACAUUGCUACUGUGAAUGAAAAAAAAUGGACAAGUGCCAAUGUUUCCCUUUGUUUUACUGCCAAAUUGUGCACACGAACACAGACACACACACACACACACACACACACACACACAUGCACACAGACUUCCCAUCACAAUGCAGAACUGACCAUGAUUGUAGACUUAGAUAAACUUUUGUUUGGCCUUUCGCAAUCUGAAGCUUGUGGUCACUCCUUACUUUUGAAUGCACCAUGAAUGCCAAGCAGUUCUCUCUUUGGUAAAUUACAGAAAGUCAGCUGACGGUCCAGAAAGUUUCUUCACCUGUUAGACUGUCACGUCAUGUCUUCAAGCUUCCGUUUCAUCACUUUUGCAUUACUUGAUUUGGGCAGUGCAAUAGGAAUAAUUUAAUAAUGGACACCGCAAUGGCCGAGCAGUGUUGAUCCACAUCUACUAUGUGUACUGUUUGUGUAGUCUGGGGCCUGCUCUUUUAAAACCUAAAUAGAAAGUCAUGCGAAGGUGAAAGAAAACAAAGCUUGACAGGCAACAGUUACUAACAGGGAGGUGACUUAUGGGGCUACCAGUUGCCAACAAUUCCUGUAGCAUUUUGUUUCUUGAAUGGAGAAAAUAAAGUUCAAGUAGGAGGAACAGUCAGGCAGAAACAGAAAGAUAGUGGACAGAAUUUUUCCUGGCUUUUAGUUCAACAGAAAUAAUAUGGCUUUGACAGGUCCCCAAACCCAUCUGGGGGGUCCACAGUCUACCAAAAGAAGAUUCAGAAGAUCAGAUCAGCCUGUGAGCUAAACAAGCACUUUGUCACUGCCUUAAAUGUGCAACCGUUUGGGCAUCUCCUCCCAUUAGUGAGAAAUCGACAGAGGAUGUUAAAGAUCUGCUUCCUGCUCCAUCAAAGAUGCUGCUCAUAGUGAAAACAUACACUUAAACAAAGAAGAUUCAAAGCUGUAUUUGAGUUUAAAACCGACCAAUAUUGUAAAAACAUUUUAAAAAUGGGGAGGGGGGGGUAUUUUUUUAGUUGUCGUUUUGCGCCUAGUUGAGCUGGGCUCACUUGAACUGACAGGAGCACAACCAAACAGUUUGGGGUUUUCUAGCCUGACAAGCAUGUUUUGAAGCUUUCUUAAAGGGGGUUGCAUUAUGAAGAGACCUUUACCUUUACGUAUGCGUGUACUGGACGGAAGCCAUUUUGAAUUUUGAUUGUCCUCUCUUUGUUUAGCAGGUGGGUUGGUUUUGCACACUCUGAGGUCGGGGUGGGUUGUAAAUACUUCAGUCUUGCACAGUAAAUCAAAGAUGCAUUCUGCCAUCUUGAUGUUACAGUAUGCUUAACCCCGCUGAGUAAAUUAUUGUCCUUUGAAAACAGAAAGAAAAAAAAAUUAAAUGCAAAACCUCAACACUCAGAAACAGAAACAGGUGUGUGUCAUGUGGUGAUUGGAUGUUUUGCCUAUGCAGGAGGCUACAGUGUACAGUAAGAAAAACGUUUUUUAACUCACUGAAAUCACAGUAUAAAGAAAAAAGAGGCACUUUUCCAGUUUCCCGACCUUGACAUUACAUUCUCCGGAUUGUGUCUGUGUUUAGGAAUGCUCUUUGUUCCUUAGAAGCACUUCCUCUCUGGACGUUUGAAACCCAAGCUUACCGCCACGUAAGGCUUGCCCGCCGUGUGAGGCACUGAAGCUGACCUGACUGUACUGUAUUCACUGACCUACAAACCCAACCGGUGCUACUAGUCAAGGCCCGUCAGAGACCCACAGGUCACGUUGUCACAACCUCAGGACAAUCCCACCUAUAAUCCUACACGUGUUCAGCUUCUGACGUCUCUGCAGCCAAGCCUCCGAUGACGGUCUGCUCAAAUAUCUGGCUGCAUUAGCCAACAAGAGUGUGUAGUUGCAUGUGAAGGGUGUAGUUACCAUGGCAACAGAUGCCCUUCUCCCACAUUUCACCCUCUCAGCUGCUCUACACUCUUGUUGUAGGCCAUUAGUUCCCGAGCUAUAAACAGUGUACACCAUAGUGUUCAUAAUCAACUGGUCCUCUAUCCCACUUUGCGCUUUCCAGUUAAAUCUCAGUUGAAAACCAUAGCAUUUACUCUGGUUUGAGAGAGAGUUUUCUUCUUUUUGGGUGAAACAUUUGUCCUUAAAUGUUUUAUAUUUUGUACAUUUGUAUGUAACAUAUCAUGUAAAUAGACAGAGACAGUGAUUUAAUUCAUCUGGAGGAUUUUGUAGUCUUUGUAAAGCCCUAAUAAAUGGUAUUUGGUGUCACAGAAACAAAAAGGCUUUUGUCUUUUGUCUCCAUUUGAAAUGUGUUUGUGUGGUUUCAAUAGUUUUGAAAUGAAGUGCAAAGUCAUCAGACAUGAGCACACAAAAUAUUAAGUAAGUUAAAGUGCAAGUAUAAUGCGAUACUUGGGUGAACUAAUCAAGACAAAAAAUAAACCAUUAAUCAAGUGGAGUAUAAAUAUUUCUUGUACUCCUCUUGAAACAUCAAAACUGUCACAUGACAUUCAGCUUAAUACAUGCUUGUUGAACUGUCGGACAGGACAAAAAAAGUGCAAAUAAUAAUUUUAAAAAGUUUAACAUAUAUUUUCAGAUUUAAUAAAUGGACUGAUUGAGACUAGUAAUUUGGUGAUCUGUGUCUUACAAACAAAAAUAAAUGAAGACAUAUUAGUCAAACGUAAUGGAAGAAAGCCCAACUGAUUAAAAGUCAUCAUCGCUACAUUAUCGCGUUAAUGAGACUUUUAUUUCUGAAUGCUUACGUGACACCUUCAACGUCCGCUUCCGGUUUGUGACGCGGACCUCUAUUGACGCUGAAGCAAAGAUGGGGCGAGCAGUGUCUGUAACAGAGUCAGAAGGAGCCCCCAAAACAUCUAUGUGUAAUGGAGGCGGCAUGGUUUUACCGAAACAUUCCUACUGGUUUGAUUUUUGGGUGUUUGUCGUCUUUGACUUGGUGUUACUUUUCGUUAUUUAUUUCAUAGUUCCUUAAAAGGUCAGAGUGUGGGUCCGUGCCCUGCCUUCAGGAAUACUAACCAGGCGUUGACUGAAAUUAACAUGAUGUUACUGGAUAUCACAUCCCAACUCUCAAUGGAUUGGAACAUGGAACUACAAGUUUUGUACGUGUGGUUUCGUGCUUUGAUAUCUGAGAUCUGAACCACAGAAUCAUUCCUACUUUGACUUCUUGUCUCUCUGGACUGAGUUACUUCCUCAAUGGACCAGUGAUGUUGCUAUGAAAGAGAGUACAUGAUAGAGAGAAGAGAGUGUAUAAAUGAAAUCUGAUAAAUAUUUCUUUUUUAUUAAAAGUAGGAGUGGUGUAACAGAAAUGUUAUCUUUAAUAAUGUUACUAAGGAAAGCAGAUUUGCCUGUUCUCACAUCUGGAAAAUCAACUUGAUUCUAAUACACCUGAACUGUGAUCACACUAACAAAACAAAAAUCUGCUUACACACAAUGAACAACAAUGUGUUGGUGAAGAAUAUGGUCCCAACCUACUAAAAUUGUUGAUGUUUGCACAUGGAAAUCAGGCAAAUAAAGUGUUUAACUUCUUUGAUAAAUAAAGUGUAUGCACUGUU